AACUUAUUAACAACAUUGCCAAAGCCCACGGUGGUUAUUCUGUUUUUACCGGUGUUGGUGAGCGAACCCGUGAGGGAAAUGAUUUAUAUCACGAAAUGAUUCAAACUGGUGUAAUUAAACUCGACGGCGAUUCAAAAGCUGCUCUGGUUUUUGGACAAAUGAAUGAGCCUCCGGGUGCACGUGCACGAGUUGCACUUACCGGACUUACUAUUGCUGAAUAUUUUCGUGACGAAGAAGGACAGGACGUGUUGCUUUUUAUUGAUAAUAUUUUCCGAUUCACUCAAGCUGGUUCAGAAGUGUCUGCCUUAUUAGGUCGUAUUCCUUCGGCUGUAGGUUAUCAGCCAACUCUAAG